UAAAAUGAGAGUGACUGCAGGUGUAUGGUGCAUAUCAAUGAGGAGAAGGUUUGGAAAGAAGUGAACAGUGAAGAUGGCUGAUCUGUCGCUGAUCUCGGAGUCAGCCCUCGGCUGGACUAUUUUCACCCUCGUUCUCCUGGUGAUCCUGGUGUUCUGUUGGGUCUACAUCAGGAAGUACCAAAGCCGUCAGGAGAGCGAGGUCAUCUCAACCAUCACCGCCAUCUGUGCUCUGGCCAUCGCUCUGAUAACAUCUGCCCUGCUUCCUGUGGACAUCUUCCUGGUCUCCUACAUGAAAAAACCCAAUGGCACCUACAAGGACUGGGCAACCAACAACGAGACCAGAGGACACAUAGAGGACACAGUGCUGUACGGAUACUACACUCUCUACUCCAUCAUCCUGCUCUGCGUCUUCCUGUGGAUCCCCUUUGUGUACUUCUACUACGAGGAGAAGGAGGACAACAACGUCAACACGUGCUCGCAAGUGAAGAAUGCUCUGAAGUACACCGUGGGCUUCGUCAUCGUGUGUGUGGCGCUGCUGCUGAUUGGGGCGUUUGUUCCACUGGAGGCUCCACCCAGCCAGAACUCCACCCAGUGGGAGAAGGUCCAGUACCUGUUUGAAGAACUGGGGAGCAGCCGCGUUCCUGAACACAGCGCCUCUCAGGCACAGCACGCUGGUCUCUGUCAGAAGUUCCUGAACACAGCGCCUCUCAGGCACAGCACGCUGGUCUCUGCCUACGGGAUGUCUGCGCUGCCUCUCAGCCUGAUAAAAGGCUCUCGUAGCGUGCUGUACGAGCGCCUGGAAAACACAGAGGACCUGGAGGAGGUGGAGCAACAGAUAGACAAGCUCCGAGCCAAGUGUGAGGACGGCCGCCCCCUCUCCUCCAGAGACAGGCGGAGUCUGGAGGACCUGGAGGCUAGGCUGGAGCUGCUGCUCCGCCGGGGGCGCCACCUGGAGGUGGCCCAGGGACACUGCUGCGGCAAGGUGGGCCGCGCCCUGCGGCCUGUCAAGAUUCUACUGGGGGUGUUGUUCAUCUUGGUGGCUUUGCUGUUUGUUGUGGCCCUGUUCAUCUCAAAUCUGGAUAAAGCCCUCCACUCUGCUGGCAUCAGUUCUGGCUUCAUCGUGUUUGGGACCAACCUGACCAACCCUCUGAACGAGCUGCUGCUUGUCCUGCAGCCUGUGUUCCCUCUGGACUACGUCCUGAUCACAGUCAUCACCGUGUACUUCGUCCUCACCUCCAUGGCAGGCAUCAGGAACAUGGGGAUCUGGUUCUUCUGGAUACGGCUGUAUAAGAUCCGUCCCGGCCGGACCCGUCCGCAGGCCCUGCUGUUCCUGUGCAUGAUCCUGCUGCUCAUCGUGCUCCACAGCAGCUACAUGCUCUACAGCCUGGCCCCCCAGUACGUCAUGUACGGCAGCCAGAAGUACCUGGCCCAGACGCCCUCUGAUGGACUGACUCCAGGGAACCACACCUUUGAGACCAGGAACUGUGAUGCUGACGCUCCUGAAGACCAGUGCACCAUGACCAGGUCCUAUCUCUUCCUCCACAAGUUCUGGUUCUUCAGCACCAUCUACUACUUCGGAAACUGGGUCUUUAUCGGGGUGUUCCUGCUCGGCCUACUGGUGUCGUGCUGCAAGGGCAAGAAGUCCGUGAUUGAGGGCGAGGUGGAGGCAGACGACUCGGACAUGAGUGACGAUGACUAUGCCCACUGACCUGCUGCACACAGGGACAGCCUGGCCGCGGAGAGGGGAGGGAGGAGGGGGGGGGGGGGGGGGGGAAGAUAUCAUAACAUGCUGGUACUUUUAAGAUGGUUUCCAAAAUGUUGGUAUAUGUUUAUUUAAGAAACAAUAUGAAAAUGCAGUAUAUAAAUGACUGAUUUCAACUUUUACUUUUUUCUUUGUUAUUGCAGACGUUGCUAUAGCCAAACGUACUAGUUGUUCAGUUGUGUUGAGUUUGUCCCGCCCUAGUUGGUCAGGUGUAUCUGUACCUGCUGCGCCCUGUGAUGUGGACGCUGUAGGAAUCCCUGCUGGGUCCUAAAGUCUGCCUCAGAUAGAAGUUGUCUUGCACACAGCUUUAAUGUUGUUUAGAAUGUCACUGAUUGAUUUGCCAGUGCUGAGGAUAUGAAGGGACAAGACGAGCAAAUAAGAUCUGAAUCUGGAAGAGAAACUGUCUGUGCACAAUGACAACUAGAGCAUGGGUCUGCUGAGUAAUUAAAUAUGGCUCAUGUGAUGUCCUGAUCUUUGCAAACAGGAACCAUAUGCUUAGAUUUGAUUGAAUGAUGGAUUUCCUCUUUCAUCUGCUCUGUGCCAGCUAAAUGCAUGAGGUAGUUUAUAAUCUACCUAUCCGAACUCCAUCACUGACAACUGCACAUAUAUCACCCUUCCACAUAUUUAAAAAUACACUGUAACAUAUGGUUCCCUUUUGCGCUGCGUAUAACAUAUGGUUUGCUAUGAUUCUGUUGCUGUAGUUACCAUGGUUUAGCUUUUUUUGUCUCAGGAUACCUGGCCUCUAUUGUUCGAUUGAUAUGUUGUCUUUCUAACUAUUACUGAGCAUGAUGUAAUUUGACUACUACUGACAGUGUCCCUUAUUUAUAUUGAAUAAAUUCUGAAUUUGUUA